UUCUCGAGACAAGGAAAGCCUCUUUGCUGUCAUCUUUUCGUGCCCCUGAGAUUUGUUAUUUGAAACGUUUAUCGAGAGUUUUUGAGAAAAACUCCAGUUUUGGGGAUUUUUGGGAUUUGGGUGAGAAAAGAGGGGCUAAAGUUCAAAAAUAAAUUUAAGGGUUGGAGGGUGGUCUGUCCAUGGUGGCUCUGCGAUUCAAUUUCAUCACCAACGACGCCCCUCUCUCAUUUCGGAUUUGGACUAUACGUCGCAGUUUAUCUUUUGAAGAGUGAGAUACCCAAAAUUUGUGGAAUCAAAUAGUGGGUUGGCUUAGGGUUGUUUGUUUCAGUGGUUGGCUCAUGUGAGGAAAGCAUAGAAGAAGAUUGUGGGGGAAAUGGAAUGCAAUAGAGAUGAGGCCUCGAGAGCAAAAGAAAUUGCUGAGAAGAAGUUUAUGUCAAAAGAUAUUGCUGGGGCAAAGAAAUUUGCUACGAAGGCCCAGACUUUAUAUCCUGGGCUUGAGGGUAUUCAACAAAUGUUAGCAACACUCGACGUGUAUAUCUCUGCAGAGAACAAGAUAAAUGGGGAAGCAGAUUGGUAUGGUAUACUUGGUGUGAAUCAAUUGGCUGAUGAGGAGACAGUGAGAAAACAGUACAGGAAGCUGGCUCUCAUGCUUCACCCUGAUAAAAACAAGUCUAUAGGGGCUGAAGGGGCAUUUAAGUUCAUUUCAGAGGCAUGGAGUUUACUAUCUGAUAAAACCAAGAGAUUAGCAUAUGACCAGAAGAGGAAUCCAAAAGUAUUUCAGCAGAAAGUUCCACCUCCAGGCGGGACUCCAUCAGCACCACCUGGGACAACUGGUUUUUACAAUUUUACUAAGAGCGCACCUUCACACGUGAAAGUUCAGAAAGCUACAACCACCAAGGUGGGUGCUUCUUCCAUUCCCGUUAAGAAGCAGAAACCUGCUACCUUUUGGACCGUAUGCCAUAAAUGUAAGAUGCAGUACGAGUAUCUCAGAGUAUAUCUCAACCACAAUCUACUGUGCCCAAACUGUCAUGAGCCUUUUUUUGCAAUAGAAACUGCAGCGCCUCCUUCCAGUGGUUCUAAAGCAUCCACCCAGGGAAAUCAUUCUCGUCAGCAACAGAACACGAAUCAUCAGGGAGUGAAGAAGAACAUAUCUAAUCCUGGAAGAAAGAACUCGGCCACUUCAAAUGUGGGUUCAGGGGUCUUUGGUGAUCCUGAUUCAUCUAAUAACAAUAACUUCCAAUGGGGUCCAUUUUCUAAAACAGGCGGUGCUUCAACUGCUGCUCAAGCUGCAACUGUGGUUCAGCAGGCAUAUGAGAGAGUGAAGAGAGAGCGUGAGGAGGCACAGGCAGCCACAAAAAGAGAGGAGGCAUCGCGUAGAAAAAAUCAUGCUUCUAAGAAAACAGGUGGUGUUUCAUCAUCUGGGUUCUCUAAUGCUGUGAAGAGAAGAAGAGGCUUAGAAGAUCUUGGUGCCAGCGGUUAUGGAAAGGACAAUGUGAAUCAAAUGGGCAUGGGGACAGCGGGAGCUGGCACGACAAGUUCGUCUGGACUUAAACAGGUUAAUUCUGAACCAGGUAGGGUUAAUAAGCCUACCAAUACAAGGGAUAUCUCCCAUACUGAAAGUCAGAAUUUAUUGGUGGAAAAAGCCAAGAAGGAAAUUCGCAAGAAGCUACAUGAAUGGAACUCGGUUUCUGUGGCCAAAUCUAAAGUUAUAAAGGAGGACAAUAUGAGGGAGAAAGGUAGAGGAAAAGACAAUGCCGCGGUAAAUGGUUCCACACAGGAUAAAAACAAGUCAGGUGAGUCUAUUGACACCAAGAAAGCAAUUUAUACCAAUGAGUCUGAUCUUGGUCCUUCUGGUGCUUCACUUAAGGAACCUAUUGAACCAAUGUCAAUCAAUGUCCCAGAUCCAGAUUUUCAUGAUUUUGACAAGGAUCGAACUGAAAGGUGUUUCGGGGAGAACCAGGUAUGGGCUGCAUAUGAUGAUGAUGAUGGCAUGCCCCGGUAUUAUGCAAUGAUUCAUAAUGUGAUUUCUAUGAAACCGUUCAAGAUGCGAAUUAGUUGGCUAAAUUCAAAAACCAAUGACGAACUGGGCCCACUGAAUUGGGUUGGUUCUGGUUUCUCAAAAACAUGUGGGUAUUUUAGAGUAGGCAAACACGAAAUUAAUGACUCGCUGAAUUCUUUCUCACACAAAGUUAGGUGGACAAAAGGCACACGUGGGGCUAUUCAAAUAUUUCCUAGGAAGGGGGAUGCUUGGGCUCUCUAUAGGAAUUGGUCCCCUGAAUGGAAUGAGCUGACAGCAGAUGAAAUAAUACACAAGUAUGACAUGGUGGAAGUAUUCGAAGACUAUGAUGAGGAGCUAGGUGUGACUGUUAUUCCACUUGUCAAAGUUGCUGGUUUCAAGACACUGUUCCAUCGGCAUUUGGACCCCCGGGAAGUCAGGAGGAUUCCUAGAGAAGAGUUGUUUCGGUUUUCUCAUCAUGUCCCUUCUUACUUACUUACAGGUCAAGAAGCUCCAAAUGCUCCCAAGGGUUGUCACGAGCUGGAUCCUGCAGCUACUCCUUUGGAGCUUCUUCAGGUAAUAACAGAUGUGAAGGAGGAGGAUAUUGUGGAGAAUGACGAAGUCAAGGAAAAAAUGACAGUUGAUAGUAUUGGAAAAGCUAAUAAUAAAAAGAUAGAAGAGAAUUCCAGUAAAGGUAGGGAAGAGAUAUCGGGGAAUGCCAGAGAAACCGUGGAAGUAGAAAUGGUGGAGAGGAGCAUAGAAACAAAAGAAGGUAAGAGUGUGAAGCCUGCUGAAGAAAAGACAGUUACUUGAGUUUGGGGUUGUUUGGUCUGAAGCGGUAGAAUUGAUUGACUUCUUUUUUGUUAAUCUAAAAUUGGUUUACUGAUUCAUCAUUCUUGGGUUUCAAUGUCUACAUAAUGAUGGGUAGUGAGAAUGGAAUCUGACAUGGUUCUUGGGAGAGUUCAAGCAGCUUGGAGUUGGAACAUGUAUUUCUUGCCAGCUAGAGCUUCUUUCAAGUAUUUUUAAGGUGAGGUCUAUAUACAUAUUCUGAUUUCAGUCCAGGUCCAUGUUUUUGAUAUCUUAAUCAAUUGUGGGGCUUGUCAAUACAAGUCUGCGCACAAGCUGUGCCACCUUUCAUUUGGCUAGAGGGCAUUUAUUGCUCAAUUUUCUCUUUUACACAUUUGACUCUUGUGAAAUAUCCCGUUCUUUUAACAGCUGUAUGUUGAGUUGUAUCAUUGUUAGUUCUGAUUAGACUUCAAAUAAUAGUUUAGCAUACAAUUUCAUUUCAA